AUGCGGAUACCUCUCCUUCUCGCCCUCCUGCUCCAGACUAUCGCGGUCGCCAGCACAGGCAUCAGCCUGCCACCGCCUCCCCACGACCCUCCACUAACCGACCACGCCGUCCAAUUCCCGUGGAAAUCCCAGCAGGCCACCGCAGCCGACCACACCACCAAAACCCGGCUCUACGCCCUCGCCGCGCAACAGCAGCAGCAGCAGCCGCACUUCGCCCACUACCUGCAACACUACCUGGGUAACACGGGCACGGACGCCGACAUCUCACCGGACGAGCUGCUGGCGGCGCUCCCCCGCUUCUACGAGGAGGUGCAAACGCUGGUGACCUUCAAGGCGCGCCUGGCCGCCGCGGAUCUGGUCGCGGGCGUGCGGCCCACCGUCCUCUUCAGCAGCUUCUGGCACGAAUACGCCACCACCAGCGAGGAAGGCUGGGAUUGGUUCCUCGCGCUGGAUCGGUUCCGGUACAGUGUCACGGGCGCCGUGCAGCUCGCCGCGGACAGCGCGGCAGAACCAAAAGUGCAGUUUCGGGUGGAUGUGCUGCGCACGUUUGACUUCUCGGCCGGCCGGGAGAUCGUGCUCGGUCGGUAUGAGUAUCGCGAUGCGCAGCUGGUCGACUUGCAGGUCAAGGGGCUGGCGCGGGAGUUUGUGAUUCGGGGGUCGAGCCUGGGGUAUUACCUGGAGCAGGAGCAGCAGCAGCAGCAGCAGCGGCGGCGGCAGCAACAGGAGGAGGAGGGGGAUAGCACAAUAUCCGUACAUCCAUAG